CAAAAACAAGCUUCUGUGACUCUAGUUUAACAUUUCUAAAUAUUGUCUGGUUUGAACAAAACACAAUGAGCUAGCUAAGACCAUCAUCUACUUCAUGAUCAAAAGAUUCAAAACCACAGCCACAUUUCUCCACCAUUCCAUUCCCUACAAGCAUGAAUGACACAGUAGACAAAUUGGUAAUCUUUCUAGCAAAGAGAGAUGGUAUUGACAAGCUUGUUAAGACCUUCCAAUAUGUCUCCAAGCUUGUAAACUGGCAUGUAGAAGCCACUCACCCAAACAUGGCAAAGAGGUUCAAGCAAUGGGAAGUGGCCUCAGGACUUAGCAGAAAAGCCUUCAGAACUGGUAGGUUUCUUACUGGUUUCAAUGUUCUAAGGAGAAAUCCUGGUUCUACACAUACUUUAAGGCUACUUGCAGUGCUUGCUAAUGCAGGGGAAAUGGUCUAUUUCUUCUUUGACCAUUUUCUUUGGUUGUCAAGAAUUGGUACCAUAGAUGCAAACUUAGCAAGGAGGAUGAGCUUCAUAUCCGCAUUUGGUGAGUCUGUGGGCUAUGUUUUCUUCAUAAUAACUGAUUUCAUUAUGUUGAAAGAAGGGUUAAAGGCAGAGAGAAAGCUGAAAAGUUCAAAGGAAAAAUCAGUGGAAGAAGAGAAAGGGAUUCAGAAGAUUAAAGCUGAGAGAAUAAUGAGGCUAAUGGCAGUGGCAGCUAAUGUUGCAGAUUUGAUUAUAGCACUGGCAGAUAUUGAGCCAAACCCUUUCUGUAACCACACAGUUUCUCUUGGCAUUAGUGGCUUGGUUUCUGCUUGGUCUGGUUGGUAUAGAAAUUGGCCCUCAUAAACCAAAUUUGAUGAGCACAUUGUAAUUUUUACUUAUGUUUCCUUGCCUUGCUUAUAAAAUCUUACGUUUUCUUUUCUUUUCU